AUACCAAUGACUUCCUAUUCUUCUCUCUUCCAACCUAUCCAGCUCGGCGACAUUACUGUCCAGAAUAGGAUUGGCAUGUCUGCGCUUACCAGGAACCGUGCACCCAACACUGUGCCGAGUGACCUAAUGGCCGAGUACUACGUGCAACGAACACUCGGAGGCGCUGGCUUGAUCGUUACUGAAGGUGCACUCGUCACGCGUCAAGGGACUGAAUGGUCGCACGCACCAGGUAUCUGGAAUUCGGAACAAACAGAAGCUUGGAAAAAGAUUGUAGACGCCGUUCAUAGUAACGGAGGGCGCAUCUACGCUCAGCUGUGGCAUGUUGGGCGACUUUCCCAUCCAGAUGCAUCGGAACAGAAAUUAGCUGGAACACCUGUGUAUGGCCCAUCGGCAAUCUCUGCUAGAGGGGGCAAGUUUCGUAAUGUCCCCGGCUCCUCAGGAUACGUCACUCCCACCGCAGUUCCCGAUCCUCAAGUUAUUGUUGACCAGUUCAAGCAAGCUGCCAUCAAUGCAAAGUUGGCCGGAUUUGAUGGUGUUGAAUUGCAUGGUGCCAACGGGUAUCUGAUUACCCAAUUCCUCGACAGCACGGCAAACAACCGAACAGACAAGUGGGGAGGGAGCAUCGAGAAUCGCUCCCGAUUUGGGCUCGAGGUGCUCAAAGCCCUCGUCGAUGUCUUUGGUCGCAAUGUUGCGUUGAAACUGAGCCCUUCUGGAGGGUACAACGAUGUUGGUAUGCCGUUGCAGGAGACACUCGACACCUACCGCUACUUUAUCACCGAAGCCGACAAGUUAAACCUAUCGUACAUCACUUUGGUUCGGUAUGUACCCCACACCGAUCACCAUGGCGAAAGAAAACGGGGGAUCCCGCAUGACGUGCUCGAAUCUUACCGAACCUACAUCAAGAACGCCAAGAUAUUCCUGAACGCGACCGUCACCGCAGAGGAAGCGGAUGCUCUGAUUGCGGCUGGAAAGAUAGAUGGCGCUUUCAUUGGCUUCAACUGGAUAACGCAUCCAGACCUUGCGAAGCGGGUGUUGCAUGGAAAGGUUCUCGAUAACAUUCCGGAUAUACCGCAUUUGCAACCAGGAAAGGGGGAUGGGAACUGGACCGUUGGAUAUACCGAUUAUCCCGUUGCUGUGUACUAGAUGGAAUCUUUCACAUAUAUAUGAAGUACCCCCUCAUAAUUUGUUUUAUAGAUGUACUUAAUGUAUGUUCCUUACCAGUCAUAAUCAAUCUAGAAGCAUUUAAAUUGU